AUGGAUAAAUUAGAUUUUAUUGCUAUUAAAGAUAUAAGAGGAAGCAUGAAAAAUAUUAAUGUCAUGUUUAUUGUAUUGGAAGUAGUGGCAACGACAAAAACAAAAGAAAAUCGAGAAGUUUAUUCCUUUAAAGUCGCUGAUCAGACGGCUUGCAUCAACUGCUCAAUUUGGGAUGAACCGGGAAAGCUACUUCAACCUGGUGAUAUCGUACGCAUGAUGAAAUGUUAUUCACAAAUUUGGAGAGGAUGUUUGACCCUUUAUUCUGGAAAAUCUGGGGAAAUCAUAAGAGUUGGCGAUUUUUGUAUGAUUUUUAACGAACAGCUGAACAUGAGCGAUCCAUUGCCACUCCUUUUAAAUACAGCACAACCAACCAUACCAACUGUAAAUAAUGGAACAAACGGAAAUGGAAGAUCUCAGAUUGGAAACUCAUUAACUCCUCAAAUAUCAGCGCAGUCUCUUCCUUCAGUUGCAUUAGCUAAUAACAGUUCCACUAGUUCAACUGGUGAUAAUAUAAAACCUAAAGUCACAAACAGUAAUGCGAGGAGUUAUAUGGAUUAUGAUAAAUUAAUCUGCAAUUAUAAAGAUUGUUAUAAAAUUCUUAAAGAAACCGCUUAUAUAACAUUCUGUUCUCAUAUAUUCUGCAAUGAUCACGGACAAAAGUUGAAAUCAUGCCUCAGUAAUGGCUGCUUCGCCUGUAAGGGAACCCUGAUGGAUCACCAAAUACUUCAUACGAACUUGAAUGUUUCCGGUGACACCAAAAAGCUCUUGUUAUGUGGACUUAGUCCAAAAGUUAUUCUAGAAGUUGCAAGUAGUGCGUUAGGUUUUUGGAGUCAUCAAAAGAAACAUGAGAAUUUGGACUUGAAACGGCAGCUCGAUCAUUACAGAAUGAAAUUACAGACCCAAACUAAGCAACUUGAUGAAAAAGAUUCAAGAAUCUUCAACCUUCUCAAGGAUAUUGAAAGAAUUGAAAGUGAAAAUCGUUUUCUGAAAGCUGAUCUUGCUUCCAAAACCGAAUGUAUUCAAAAAGAUCUAGAAAAGCAGAAAACGAAACGAUCCCGUGUUGAUGAUCAAUUUGAGAUUUGAAGUAAAAACUACAUUUAAAUUAACUAUGAAAUCUUAUUAAAAUUAAAAAAAUGUAUUAAAAAUUGUUCCAUAAAAUAAAACACAUUUUCAAG